GACUAUAAAAUCGGUGUCCACUAGGUGCGACAAGCAGUGGAACUCUGAAAUUGUUCAUAAUGUCUCGUAUUGGAUUUUACUUGAUGCUCGUUGCGAUCGUCGGGAUCACCGGCAUUCAGUCUCAGAGUUGUCCUCCAGGCGAAUUUUUCAAUCCCUGCGGUGGCUGUGAAACUAAUUGCGGAUUACGCACAAUUGAGGCCUGCUCCGCUGUUUGUCGUCAACGUUGUUAUUGCGAUGAAGGAUUAAUUAGGAAAGAACCCAAUGGGCCCUGUAUAAGACCCAGCGAAUGCCCAGAGAACUAAAAACCCAGGGACUUGUUCAAUUAUUUAGUGAUAAUUUCAUAAGCUUACAUUAGUAUCUGUUGAAACUGUCAGAUUAGCUGUAUUGAAAAUAAAAAUUUAAAAUAAAACCAGGAUGAUAA